AUGACAAAUAAAGGGGAGUAUUCUGGCCGUUGUACAACCACACAAAACUUGAGAGAGUACUCACAGCAAGGAAGCCGCCAGCAAUUCAGGGGCACUAGCUUCUGUAUGAGUUGCAACAAGUGGUUGGUAUCGAUACCUCACGACCCAAAGCAGCUUGUCUUCGUUGAGUUUUUGGCCGUGCACAUACUAGCCGCCCGGCCAGGAGCAGAACUGAACCUCCUGCGGCAAGUUUGUCCAGGCCGUAGAAUCACCGCAGAUUCUGGCUUCGUCUUCAGAGUCGCCCAGCCGAUACUGCCCGCGUUGCUUCUCGAAUACUCUUCUCCUGCGGCUACUGAGAUUGAUCCAAUAUUUUCAGACGGAGUAAGGUUCUUGCAGUAA